AUGCCAGUCGCUGAAGCAGACGCCGAAGCUGCUGCUGCUGCUGCUGCUGCAACUGCUGCUGUCGCUGUCGCUGCUGCGCCGGUAGAGGCUUCAACACACUCUCCUGGGAAUGACGAUACCAUCAGACUCGCUUCGCCACUCUCGACUCCAACAACGGCCACGAGCCCCGUGUCGCCGACCUUCCUGUCUGUUGCCGGCCGAGUCAGCACGCCCUUGAGCCUGUUUGUCGACUCUGCACCCAGCAGCGGUAAGAAGAAGUCGUCCACGAGCCCCGGGUCUGAGUCUGCUGCGGCAGUGCGCCAGCGCUAUCUCGCCAUGUCGCCCACGGCCUCUGCCAUUGCGCCGGGCGCUGCGAGUGCCGAUACAAGAGAGUCGAAGCUCGCAGAGGCGGGCAAAACUGAAGCAGAGGCAGAGGCAGAGGCAGACACAGCAACAGAGAGCAUGCGACGGUGGGCGCUGCGAGAACAAGAGCAACAGCAAGAACAAGAGCAGGAGGAACAGGACGAGGCGGGCUGGAGAGAAAAGAACCUGAGCACGAGCGCAGGCUCAGGCUCAGGACCACCGCUGCCAUGGUCUCCCAGCAGCACGACCAGCAAUUCUAAUAUCAUUGCAGCAGCAGCGCUCUCUCCUACCGCUGGCGACAUUAAGCAUGACGCCUCCAGAGGCGUCAUUUCCGCUCCCUUGCCCCUGGGCCCCAACCGACACGAGCGCCCCUCGAUUACUGCCCGGGAUUCGGACAUCGCGACCAUUACGGGUGCUAAUAGUAGCAGCACUACUGGCAUUGCCACCGUUGCCAGCGGCAGUAAUCCAGGCUCUCGGACGGCCACCGUUCGUAUCCCUGCUGCGCCCGAAGAGGCUCCAUUGCACACGGGCAGCGUGCAGCCGGGCACCAAGCUGGCCCAUCCAAAGCCCAUCCUGCACAUUGCUACCGACAUCUCGUCGCCGUCGAAACACAGCCAUCACUCCGACCUGCUCACCCGCUCCGCGUCUGCCGUCAGCAACGUCGCCCAUCUCGAAGCCACGGCCGAGCGCCUGUCCAUGACCAGCAGCAUCGACGAUGCCAUCCGCGAGCUGCACUGCGAACUGAAGCGAAGCGAUAGUAGACGAUCCUCCAUCCUCGCCGCCAGGGCCGCAUCCGCCGACGAGCACUCGACGCGCCUCCGCCGAUAUCCCUCCAACUCCUCCUCCUCCGCCGCCGCCGCCGCUCGACAAAGAGGCUACUCGCCUGCCUACGUAAUGUCGCCGACGAAUUCCCUCACGGGCCGCAUGCGGUCGGGCUCCAACGCCUCGGCCGGCCGCCCGGAGCACGAUGCCAUCAACUCCAUCCUGUCCCGCCACGGCCCGGGCAAGAGCUCCGUCAGGAGCGUGCGGUCGGCCAAGCCCUCGCUGGCUGAGAUAUCCGAGUCCGAGCCCAUCUCCCUGACCCAGCACGUGCUGGACCAAGUCGACGCCGUGCCCCCUUUUGAGCACGCCGCCGCCGCCAGCUCCAGGAGCAUCAUUGAGCAGGACGCUGUUGGCGUCCCGCAGACCGACGAGUUCCACGACAUGCUCGAGGGCGGAUUUAGAAGCCACAGGGCCUCCAAUCUGGUCCUCGUAAACCCGGACCUGCCCUCUGAUUACGAAGAACACGAAGACUACGAGGCCGAGCGGCCCAUGACGGCCAACUCCACAAAUACCUUCCAGGUGGCCCAGGACGCGUUUGUCGACUUUGACGGCGCCCACUGCGAGACGGACAACGAGGAUGAUCGUUUCGCUACGGCCGACAUGGGGUCGCGCUCGCAGAAGCGAGACAGGCUGUCCGACAUGCACCAGCACCAGCAGCCGACCCAGCUGCCUCCUCCUUCCCAGAUGAUGCCCCAAUCUCAGACCCAACCUCCUGUCGACGAGGACGACCUUAUGCCCACCCCCCAACAGUCCUCGGCCGAGUUCGUGAGACCGCAGUCUUACUUUGAUCAUCACACCGGCCAGCACAUGCUGUACUACCCGGCUCGUGUUCCCGCCAUGCUCAACCUGCCGCCCAAGCUGUCCAACAAGCCUAAGGCUGCUGACCGAAACCAGCGACGCUCGGAGAUACUGAGCGCCAUGAUGCAGCCCAAGGAGAACAAGAGAAAGUCGGUAGUCCCCGACCUGGACAAGUUUGCCUUGCCUGAUCCUCUGUCUGGCCACCGCAAUUCAUUCGCCGCCUUGUCUGUGGCAGACAGGCUGGAGGAUAUCGACGAUGCGACCACGCCCACUCCGUUCCUCGAGGAACCCGCGCCUCAAUCCCGGAAUGGAUCCGCACCCUCCCUCGAGGAUCUUCGCCGGCCUCAGCGGCUGUCCAAGAUGGACAAUGACAAUCGCAAGUCGAAUAUGCCCAACCUAGAGAACAUCCCCCCGCACCUCCGUGCCAGCGUCUUCUUCGAGCAGCCGUCUCUUGAGCUUCCUGAAAUCGAGGUCAAGGAUGGAUCAGCCAUGGCUACACUGGAGAGCAUUCUCGAUGCCUCGGCCACCGCCCCUGUCAGUGCCUUUACUGAUCACCUGUAUGCCGGCAAGCUGGGCUCCGAAGUCUACGGCAAGGAGAAGAAGAAGGCGUCCAAGCACAAGUCGCAACAGCUCUCCACCAACACCCUGGGGGUUGCGCUUGCUGAAUCAGCGCCCAAGGAGCAGUCGACAAUCAGGCUGCUGACCAAACGAAGCCAGAGCAGCUUGUUUGGAAGGGCUAACAAGGGCCCAGAUCCCAACGACGAUGCUCAUGAUGCUGCCAAUGAAGAUGAAGAAGAAGAGCAUGGGCAAGAGGAGGAGGAGCUCGAGGAAGGAGUCCUUGAUGGAAUGCCCACGACGCUCCUUGGUGAGAUCCAUCUCCGAAAGCAGCAGCAAAAGCAGCGAGUCCUCAACCAGGGCAACAUUGCACCCCAAGGCAUGCGUGCCACUCUCCUGGAGAUGGACGCCGUCGCCGAGAUGCAGCGUAAGCAGCGAUUAAAGAACCGCGUCAACCUUGCCUGGGAGGAACAGAACGUCGCCGCCGAGCAAAACAUAUCUGAUGACGAAGACACGCCCCUGGCUGUCAUUGCCGCCUUGCACCAGGGUGCCAAGAACAUGGCCGAUGUCGACCGUCCACUGGGACUCAUGGAGGUUCGCCAGCUGGAAGAAAACGAGCCGCUGAGCCAACGUGCCGCUCGCCUGCAGGGACGAGCCUCUGCUGCCUUUACCGCGAAGCGACAGAGCAAUCUGAGCCUUCCCGCCACGCGCUUGGCCGAAGUGCAACCCCCAGCCCCUUCGCCGCGCAUCGUCGAGCCAGAUGCGAGUGUGGAUGAGGAUGCACGCACCACCAUUGCAGCAGAACCCGAACCUGUGGCAGCUGAGAUUGAGGAAGAGACGCUUGGCGCCAGGAAGCGCCGUCUGGCAGAGUCACAGCUGCCCAAGGCUCGUCCCGUCAGCGGCACCUUUACCGCAGAGCUGCUGAGCCAGUUUGGCAGCCCCGAAGAGUCCAAGACCAAGGGAGGCAAGUCGUCGCCUAAUUUGGGUGUAGAGGACGAAACCUUGGGCCAGCGCCGUCGCCGUCUGCAGGCUGAGCGGGAGGCUCGCGAAAGAGAGAUGAGCUACGGCAAUCUGACUGGCGAAAGAAUGAAUGGCGACCGACCGGUCAGCUACGGCAACCCAACGGUUGAACCGCUCAAGAAGGGCGUGACUCGCCGGGUGAGCAUGGCCGACAUGCUCUCGGUGCACCAAGUCGCCCAAGACCCUCGCAUUGCGGAACAAAGACGCCAACAGGAGGAGCAGAUGAGGAUCGCCGAGCAGAACGCCAGGAUGGCGGCCAUGAGAGCCCAAAUGCCUACCGCCAUCGUGCAGCCGGGUAACCCUCGCACCGGAGGCUUCAAGGGAGGCCUAUACAAUGACGGAACGGGCGGACUCGGUGUGGAGGCGGCCAGGUCGAGCACCGCUCUCAACGCAUUCCAGAGCCGCAGCUUCACCAACACCGGCCCCAGGAAUCGAGCCACCAUGAUGGCGCCGCCCAAUGGGUACGGCAUGGCGCAGGGGGGCUUGCAGCCGUCGUACAGCACGCUCACGGGCUUCAACCCGGCCGCCAUGAACGGCAUGAACCCCAUGGGAGGCAUGAAUGGAAUGCACAAGUCAAUGACCAUGUAUGGCGGCGCUGGCAACUACGGCGGCGCUGGCAACUUGUAUGGUGCCAAUGGCCUCAUCCAGCCGACCGUGGGCAUCCCCAUGUCUAACCCCAACGGCAGCAUGGACCGAGUUGAGAGAUGGCGACAGGGCGUUUUCCCAUAG